AUGCAAGCGAUUCUCCCUGGCCGACCACAAGCUCAACUGCAGGCCGUGUCGACAGGGGCUUUUGAAGGGCAGACGGUCAUCUGCUACAUCUCGGGCAACGCCCUCAUCAUCUGCAACGGACCCGACUCGCUUCUGCAGACCAUCUACCACGACGACCUCCUUCCUCCGUCUGUCCUGGUCGCCGUCUCAUAUGAUCACCGAACCGCAAAGAUCGCGACCGCCUCCAGCGACAAUGUCUACAUCUACGUCUUGCGCGAGGAGAUCAAGGGCCAGUUGCGCUGGUUCCUCGACAUGACCUUCGACAUCUUAGAUAAANAGAUACACACUUUGUCUUGGGGCACCGACGACGAGCUGCUCGUCGCUUCCGACAAGGUCGUUCUGCUGUCGACUCAAGACCACUCAAUCCGCUGGACUCGUUCCUUGCCGUCACCCGUGUCGCAUGCCACCUUCUCCCCCUCGGCCGCCCUCCUGGCUACCACAUCGCAAUACGAUCGCCUCGUCAAGGUCUGGCGCCGCCUCUCGUUCGAAUCCGCCAUCUUUGACUACGCCUACCUCUCUCACCCAGACAUCGUCACCCAUGUCGAAUGGAGAAAAGACUCGGCCGACGAGGACGUCCUCUACACCAUCUGCUUGGACGGUCGACUGCGAGUCUGGAAGACUGGUUUACCACAGCAGAUGGACGUCCUUGGUCUCUACGCUGACCUUGACCUGACCAAGGCGGUCCGUCCUCUAGUGCCGUCAAAUCGUCGUUACGCCUUCCUCGUGCCUUCGUCCGUCUUCGAGAAUGCUGUCGAGCACGCUGUCAACAUUCCGACUGUCCCCGCCGAGCGACACGCCAUUGAUUACAUGAAAGAGCUUGCCAAGAGGAACCCAGACAUUGUCGUGGUGACGGAUGAUCAAGGACACACGAGCGCAUGGGGUCUGGAAAAUGUCGGCUGCAAGAAGAGGACAAGCAACAAUGAACACGGCGAGUUCUUCCACGCCACUCACGUCGAGAACCUCUUCUUCGACUUCUCCAAGCACGCACACAUCGACGAAGACAAUGCCCGCAUCAUCAACUUUGCUUUGCCUGGCCAGCCUGGAGACAUUGCCCUCUUGGUUCACCACUUCGAUGGCCGUCUCCAGUGGUACCAAGGUAGCGUACACCAUGUCUUCGAUCCUUCGCCGCGCAAACAUCGUAUGCGCAACUUGGCUUCAUGGACUGGCCAUUCUUCCUCGAUCAAGAAACUCAUUCGAACCGCCAACGGAUCAGCCGUCGUUUCGCGCACCGAUACCGACGAAGGCGUUGUUUGGAAACACCGCGCCAAGUUCCUGGUCAGAAAGAGCAAGGUGAAACUGCAAGAACACAUCCACCGCACUGUCUUGCUGCAAGACGGUGACUUUGUCGUCCUUCUACAUCACGAAAGCAUUUCCUUGUGGGAUGCUCGUCUUCCCAAUUCAAAAGAGAUCGGCCGUUGUCCAUACUCAGUUUCUGGCAAGCCCCUCUGCCUCGUCUUGCUCCCUGCUCCUGAAGAUGCUGGCCAUCUGUCAUACCUCGCCACUGUAACUGCAGAUAUGCAUGGUGUCGUCUGGGAGCUCGAUCUUGCUGCUCCUUCACCGACCAUAACCGAGUUUUGUGCCUUCCAGCUCGACCGCAUCGAGAACAUGUCGUACUUCUUGCCUGUCGACCCUGCAGGCAGCUCGCCUGUCGUCUCCGGCCUCUUUGACACCUUCGCUCAAGACGUCGCUGUGUCAUGGACAACUGCUGGCCUUCUUCAAACAUGGACCGCCAAGAUCGACCGUCAGAACAAGUCUGUGACUUGGCUAAACAUUUCCACUACUGACACGAGUAUACAAGAGCCUUCGCUCGGCAGCGGCACAUCUAUCCGCAAAGCUGCUUUGGUCGACAAGUCUCGCUCCACUCUGACUAUUUGGGACACCAAAAGUGGACGUCUUGACUACGAGGAGACUUUCGAGAACCAGAUCAUACAAGACCUCGACUGGGCUUCAACUCCCGACAAUCAGUCCAUUCUUGCUGUCGGCUUCCCUCACGCGGUUUUUGUCUAUACUCAGCUCCGCUACGACUACGUCACCGAACGCCCUUCAUGGGCUCGCAUCAAGCAAAUCAACAUUCGCAAUCUAUCUCCUCAUCCCAUCGGAGACUCUGUCUGGCUGGGCUCCGGCAAUCUGGUCAUCGGCGCUGGCAAUCAGCUCUACCUCGCUGGGAAUGAGGUCGAUCCUCAANAAGACCUUUCACCGGACCUGCACAGCUCAACUCCGCACAAGUCAUCCACUCGCAUUCAGGACGUUGUCCGCAGGCUCAAUGGCCCCCUUCCUGUAUUUCAUCCACAGUUUAUAUCACAAUGUAUUCUUGCUGGCAAGAUGGACGUUGUUCACCGUAUUCUGCUUAAUCUACAAAAGAUACUCAAGUUCUAUACCGAGGGUGACGACCUCGACUCUUUUCAGGGCCUUGACAUUGACGACUUUAUGUCGUCUACCGAAGUAUUCUUCACUUACCACGCAUGGGAGGACAUCGCUAAUCUCGAACAGAAAUUCUCAAACUCUAGCAAGCAAUUGCACAAGUCGUACAGCACUCUUGAUAUGCAGGAAGAGUCAACUACCGUCACCGAAGAAGUCGCCCAAUCUUUGGUCUCCCUACUCUCCGAGAAAUCCAUUCCUCAACUGUCAAGUACGGAACAGCUCAGUCUAGCCGACAUCAUCGAAUGCGUUGGUGUGGCAGAAAAGCACCGGCGUUCAAUCGAUGACAAUGCAGCUCGCUACCUGCUCUUCUGGCGAGAAGCUGUCAUGCGGUCACGUCAAUCAUCCUCUUCUGCCGCUGUAACUUGGCGUGAGAUGCUCUGGGCAUAUCACAGCAGUAGUCAAGACAUCCUUGUUGACAUUGUCACUCGACACAACAAGGGUCAGAUGACGUGGUCUCAUGCUCGGGAUACCGGUGUCUUUGUGUGGCUUACCGAUCGAGAAGCGCUGCUCCAACAGUUCGAGGCGGUCGCAAGAAGCGCAUAUACAAGCACAGAACUCCGCGAUCCCGUCAACUGCUCUCUACACUACCUUGCACUACGAAAGAAGAAUGUCCUGACAGGCUUGUGGCGCAUGGCUACCUGGUCAAGGGAGCAAGCUGCCACUAUGCGUCUUNUGAAAAACGACUUCAACGAUCCGCGAUGGCGCACUGCUGCAAAUAAGAAUGCCUAUGCGCUAAUGGGUAAAAGGCGAUUCGAGUACGCUGCUGCCUUCUUCCUUCUUGCCGACAACCUUGACUCUGCCGUCUCGGUCCUUAGCAACCAGCUCGGCGACAUUCAAUUGGCAAUUGCUGUUGCCCGUGUUUAUGGUGGAGAUGACUCUCCUUCACUUAAGAAGUUCCUGAAUGAGCGUGUGCUACCCAAUGCUGCCCUGGAUGGCAACCGCUGCCAAGCGACCUGGACAUACUGGAUGCUCGGAGAACGAUCGCUGGCUGUGCGCGCGCUUGUCAGCCCUCUGCACUCAUUACUUGACCCGCCAGGCUCGCCACCAGAUUCACUACAAGCAAAGAGCUUCCGAAACGAUGAUCCUGCACUUGUCGUCCUCUACCAGCAGUUGCGAGAGAAGAGCUUGCAAACUUUACGAGGCGCUCUGAUGAUCAGCGGCAAAGAGGAGUGGGAGUUCAUUACCAAGACCGCGACAUUACUCUUGCGCAUGGGUUGCGACAUCCUCGCCCUAGAUCUGGUACGACAUUGGGAGUUUCUGCAGCCACCACCUACCACGAAGCAAGAGGAGGAAGAAGAAGAAGAAGUCGACGAAUCUGUCGCUGAAUUACCCCGUCGCAAAUUGUCAAGGACUACGACUGACGACUUUGACCCAAGGAAACUGCUCCGUCGACGCAGCAGUCUUGUCGUUGCUGACUUGCCUGAAGGCAGACCUGUUGUACAUGAGAACGGCGCGCCAUCCAUGCUGGACGGAUGGAGUGCGCCAUCGCCACAAGUCAAACAGUCCUCCUCCCUUCUUGAUCAAUGGACUUCUCCUGCAACAUCCGCAACCAAACCUGCACCUUCCAUGCUUGAACAAUGGUCCAUGCCGGAAAGACCCAGGCAGCAAUCUAACGCCGCACCGUCAAUGCUUGACAGUUGGGCUAUGCCGUCUCAGCCCGUCUCCAAGCCUGCAGCCUCGCUCCUCGAUGACUGGACUGCAUCACCCACAAAGCCCAGAGCGUCAGAGGUGAAACCCACAACGACUGCGCCUUCGAUGCUUGAUGGUUGGUCUUCAGCACCACAGCCUGCAUCCAAGCCUGCACCAUCACUGCUCGAUGACUGGACUGUACCGGCUGCGAAACCAAAAGUGGAAGAAUUCAAGGCCCAGUCGUCGACACCGUCGAUGCUUGAUCAAUGGAGCUCACCGAUGCCAUCUACGACAAAGACAGAUACUGGAUCAGCACCUUCGAUGCUCGAUUACUGGAGUGCGCCUGUCGCAAAGCCCAGCAUUGAGUCUUCUAAAGCUGCACCACCUUCUCUGCUCGACCGAUGGGCUACACCUCCAGUAUCCUCCAAACCGCUACCUGCUGUGGCAGACGAGGUGAAACAGACAUCGUCGGAGUCUCAUGUCGAAACAUCUACAUUCCUAGCCAACCCAACGAUGCCGACUUCGAUGCCCAACUCGGCCAACGACGAUGCGAAACAGGAUGGAACGACGGUCAAUGUUCAAGACAGCAACGCUUCGAAAGCAGAACCAAGUGAUGUGGAAAUACACAACAAGGGUGCGGAAGUCGACGCACGACAAGAUCCGGAGACUGGCAGUACUGGUGAUGAGAAAGCUGAAAAGGAGUACAAGCUGCCAAAGGGAUUGAAACAGUCGCCACCAGAAGCAUUUAAGGAACCUGAUCCGAAUUCUCUGCUUGAUGCAUUUGGGUUUUGA